GUGAGCUGUAGCCACUAACCUUUCCAGCCUCACAUCAGCUGGAUCACACUCAUCUUGACAGGAUGUAAAUAUGAACUUUCCAGCUACAAUGCUGAUAUUAUAAUCUUGUAGGAGCUCUAUAAGAGCAGGUUUGUAAUUCAGUUGUAUGGGUGCUUGAAUAUAGCAAAUACAUUACCAGAUUUAACACAUUGAACCAAAGGAUCAUCACUCUGAAGAAAAACGUUACUAUGAACUAAAUUUCCACAAGAAGCACAGAGCCAAAAUGAGCUCCUACUUGGACUAUGUCGUUGCUAAAGCUAAAGAGAUCAAAAAUGCAGAAAAGGUUCUCAGGAUUUAUUCUCGUUGCACUUCAGGUUCGUACAAAUACUGGGAAUCAACAAUAUUAGAGCAUCCUUGUACUUUUGAGACACUGGCCAUGGAUCCAACGGAGAAGAAAAUGAUCAUGGACGAUUUGGAUAGGUUUGUGAGGAGGAAAGAGUUCUAUAAGAAGGUUGGGAAGGCGUGGAAAAGAGGCUACUUGUUAUAUGGUCCGCCUGGUACUGGCAAAUCCAGCUUGAUUGCAGCCAUGGCAAAUUACCUCAACUACAAUAUAUAUGAUUUGGAGCUGACAAGCAUCUCCAACAAUUCUGAUUUGAGGCAUUCUUUGCUGUCCACCACCAAUCGCUCUAUUUUGAUAAUUGAGGACAUUGAUUGCUCCUUGGAUAUACAGAACCGGGAAAAAGAGGAGGAAUCAGAUGAGCAAGUGCUUGUCCUUACUAAGGACAAGAACGAACUAAAGCAACAGACUGUGACACUGUCGGGGCUACUGAACUUCAUUGAUGGCCUGUGGUCAAGCUGUGGUGAUGAGAGAAUCAUUGUGUUCACCACCAACUACAAGGAUAAACUAGACCCUGCAUUGUUGCGGCCAGGACGAAUGGAUGUGCAUAUACACAUGUCAUAUUGCACUGUGAAUGGAUUCAAGAUCCUGGCUUCUAGGUACCUUGACAUUCAUGAUCAUCCUCUCUUUGCAGAAAUUGAAGGGUUGAUGCAGACCACAGAGGUCACCCCGGCACAGGUAGCUGGGCAGCUACAGGUGAGUUAUGAUGCUGAUGUUGCUCUUGCAGCGCUGGUGAAAUUCAUCAAGGAAAAGAAGGAGGAGGAUGAGAAGAAGGAGAAGGAAAAAAAGAAAGAAGCACAAGCAAAGAAACUAAGGAGAAAAAGGUUGCUGGCUCUUUUUCAGAAGAUCAAGGAAAUUACAUAAUACAUAGGCCUCAAUAGCACUGCUAUCAUCUGUACUCUUUAUCUACUUAUAAAUAAAUCUCUCUCUCUUUAUUAACUUAUGUCAUCAGAACUCAUGAUAAUCAUGUUUCAAUGUGUAGAAUCUGAUAAUUUAAUCUAAUCAAGCUCAUAAAUUGAACAUUAAAACACGCGGUAGAUUAAUGCUUCUAUUUUCUAACUUAUGUCGACCAUUUACAAGGUAAAAUCUGUUUUU